AUGGCAAGUAAACAACAAACAAGCCAGGGCAGGGGCUGGUACCACCUUCGGCAACGAGCUUCUAAUAUCCUCAGACAAAUCACCAAAAUACAGGGCGGCUCGCAGAAGCAUAACAAAAAGACGCAAAAGAGUGAGACGAGAAGCAACUCUCUGCAAGAAAGAGACAGAGUAGUUAUCUCAGAGACCCCUAAAACUCAUGGCUCUACUCUAGACACACCGCCGGCCUCCCAAAAUGACGACUCUACCAGUUUGGGUACCUGGCUAGAUGCGUUUGAGCAGACAAAGGAUCUUUACCCUUGGCUGGUUAGGGGCAGAAGCUUCCCCGAUAAGAAUACGGCGCCAUUCCAGGUGAGCAACAAUACAUCCUUGGAGCUGGACUCUGAGAAUAUCUACUUGAAUCUUCCACGCAACAGAAUGGGGCUGAUAGUCAACCCAGACCUUGCAAACAGUUUCUACUUGUUUGAAAGACGAGGGGAACAAUAUACCGUAAGAGCAGCAAUAAGUUCACGGCCCAGCUCCUCCUCGUGGGAUAGCACUAGCACAGGGCAUGGACAACUUGACAUUUCCAUGUCAUCUCCGCUUCCAUGUUCGUCCGCCGGGAGGCGCCUCGAGGCUCUCGCGGAUGAACUUUUACUCUCGCUCGGCGUUCGCCCAUCCCCAGUUGGGUCAAAGCACGAGAGCCGAGACGAGCUGGAAUCUCAGUCAGACCUCGCGCAAGAUCCGGAGCCUUCUGCACGAUUCGAGGGGUUUUCGGACCGGUUCAGCUUCAGUAAACCGGCCUCGAAAAAGUCCAUCAUUUCUUCAUACUCGCCCACAAAAACAACUCACAGAAAACGCGACGGGUCGACCGUCGUGGACUUUACUUUCUUUCCAGAGCUACGACGGUGGGUGCAAAAGCGUGAAUCAUCAUCAGAUAGGUCGGCGUCCACACAGCACCCUCGAGCAAAGUGCGGGAUUUGCAAAGCCAGCAACUUGGAGAUUCGUGAGUUGGGGCAGUUUGAUGGCAGCACCACAGGCGACGAGACCGAGAAGGCCAUGGUGUUGCCAUGCGGUCACAUACUGCCUUGCAUCGUGGCGCUCUGCCAACCAAGACAGUUUCUCUUGCCCGACAUGCAGGUCCAGCCUCGUCUUAACAGCUGCAAGCACACCGUCCCGGGGCUCAUUUUAGGCACGACGGCAGACGUUCCGCUUACCAUCCCAGAAGGAGGCCGCAUCCCGACAUAUUGCAACGAUUGUCGCUUGUCAAAGAUCCAAAACGGCUGUCUUGAGCUGGCUAGGGUUAUCUACGACGACUUUGAGUACACCGAGGGCGAGUGUCGGCGUGCUGCUUGGCACAUGGUACCUCUUGCGGUGGAAGCCGCACAGCGAGCGACGGUUGAGCGUGUCGUGGGGAGUCGGGGUUGGGGGAACACCGAGAUGCUUUGA